AUGGUGUCCAUUACAACGGAAUAUAUCUGCGUCGGAGGCAAUAGACAUCCGGCUGCGGCGGACUGGCACAAACAGUCUGGCCUCGUCGCAUAUGGAGCAGACAACAAUGUUGCACUUUGGGAUCCUGCAGACCGACAUAAUCGCGGCGUGCACGCUAUCUUAGCUGGCCACACAGACAAAGUCAAUGUGGUGAAGUUUCACUCGCUACGAAACGCAGAUUCGAAACGUCCGCUGUUGAUUACAGGCUCGGUUGAUCGAACACUAAGGAUCUGGGUGCCUAGCGAGUCAAGUCCGCUGACUUUUACACUCGCGGCCACGUUACAAGGGCAUGAAAAUUCGAUCAAUUGUAUCGCCGUCGCCGAAAAUUCAGAUGUCUUUGUUUCUGGAGCAGCAGAUGGAACGAUAAAGGCUUGGAAGAUUACGGAAGAAGCUGGGAAAGGGAUACAAGCUAGUCUACUGGAAUCUGUCACGGUCAAGCCUCGUUUCUUCCCCCUCACAGUGGCGUUAAGGAAGCUUAAUCCAGGUACUACCAGCGGAGGGCUCAUGCUAGCUGUGGGAGGUACGAGAAGCACUGUUCAAAUUUACGUUGCGCAAGAUAUAAAUGAGGCCCACUUUGAGUUGAAAGCCACUUUGACGGGACAUGAAGGGUGGAUAAGAGCUCUUGCUUUCACAAGUACCGAUCUGCCGGGAUCGCAAGAUUUCCUGCUCGCAUCAGCCAGUCAAGACAAAUAUAUCCGCUUAUGGAGGGUGCAUCCAGGACUUGCAGCUAUUCCAGCAGUACGAAAUGCAGAAGAUGCAAUUUUGGGAGGCAUGGAACAGGCCUUAUCGAACAAGGCGCAUACCUUUGAUGCAGCGGGAACCACCUAUACUGUCACAUUUGAAGCUUUGCUUUUUGGCCAUGAAGAUUGGGUAUAUUCUAUUUCAUGGCAUCCAAAUCCUCAAAAGCUUCAGUUGAUGUCUUCAUCGGCUGAUAAUUCUUUGGUGAUAUGGGAGUCUGAUCCGGUAUCGGGGGUCUGGUUUUCUGGGUCCAGGAUGGGAGAAAUAAGUGUCCAGAAGGGAUCCACAACUGCCACUGGCAGCGCUGGAGGAUUUUGGAUUGGGCUUUGGUCCCCAGAUGGGGACGUUGUUAUAAGCUUGGGCCGAACCGGUAGUUGGAGAUCCUGGAGAUACGAUACCGAUGCAGAUGCAUGGGUGCAGAUACUAGGCAUUACCGGGCAUGUGAGAGCGGUCAAUGACAUUGUCUGGGAACCGAGUGGUGGAUAUCUCCUAUCCACAAGCGCGGAUCAGACGACAAGGUUGCAUGCUAGUUGGAAGCACAAUGGCUACCAUUCCUGGCAUGAGUUUUCGCGGCCGCAAAUUCACGGAUAUGAUUUGAAUUGCAUUGCCUCCCUUGGUCCGACAAGGUUCGUAUCUGGUGCCGAUGAGAAACUUCUGCGGGUAUUUAAUGAGACAAAAUCAAUCGCACAGCUGCUGGAACGGCUGUCCGGUUUUGCACAGUCAUCCACAGAAGACAUGGCCGAAGCUGCUAAUAUUCCGGUUCUUGGGCUCUCGAAUAAGGCAGUGGAUGAUGCUGAUGCUGAUGCUGAGCAUGAGGGUGAGGGUGAGGAGAACGGAACGGAAGGCGAAGCGCCAUUGCAGGCAGUUCAGUUAGAUCCCGAUCGUCCUCCGCUGGAAGAUCAUCUAGCCAGACACACGCUAUGGCCAGAGCAUGAAAAAUUAUAUGGUCACGGCUAUGAAAUCUCAGCUGUUGCAGCUACUAAUGACCGGUCUCUUAUCGCCACUGCGUGCAAAGCUAGCUCCAUAGAUCACGCAGUUAUUCGCCUAUACGAUACCCAAACAUGGCGCGAGAUACGCCCGCCACUCACGGCGCAUUCAUUGACGAUAACCUCUCUUCGUUUUUCAUAUGAUGAUCGAUAUCUCUUGAGUGUCGGACGUGAUCGGCAAUGGGCUGUCUUUGAGCGUGAUUUCACGGAUAAAUCUUUAUAUCGUCCUUUUAGUUCGAAUCUCAAAGCGCACUCGCGGAUGAUACUUAGUGCGAGUUGGGCACCGCACCCAACAACCAGCGUUUUUGCAACUGCUGGCCGAGAUAAAUCGGUUAAAGUAUGGGCUCAGGAAGGCACAGCUUUUGUGUGCAAGUCCAGCAUCCCCAUUGCUCGUCCGGUUACCGCGAUUGACUUCCUACCCACAGUCCUUGAUGGUAGGUUGUCUUUGGCUGUUGGAGACGACUCCGGGGAGGUUAGCAUCCAUGAUAUUGCUAUAGAUAGCUUCACACCUGGGUCGCAGGUGACUAUACCCAAGCAUCAAAGCCCAUCCAAAGGUAUUUUGCAAUUGGCAUGGCGACCAAUAUCUACGUCGAAUGAAAAGAAGCCUGGAUACCAGCUUGCUGUCGCAAGUGACGAUUCUUCGGUCCGGCUAUACAACAUUGAUGACGUUCCACGUUAAGACAGCGUUUUUGGGUCCCUUCUUGGUUAAA